CCAAUAGAACAUUGUGACACUUAGGAAUUCUCUUUCAUUCUUCUUCCACCAUAUCCUGAUCUCGGGGUUCAUGUCGGUCGUUUUCCUCACUUUCAUUUCUCUCCUAUCUGGUUUAGCCCUGGUUGUGGCAGGCUUGGACUCGUCUUCAUCAUGUGCGGACACUUCGUCCGUAGUCCCCUUCCUGCGCGCCUACAGUAGUAGAUUAAAAGACCACUUUUACACUACCAACGUAUCAGAAAUGAACAACAACGCCCUCGCUGGAGGCGUCUAUGCCUUUGAAGGCGAAUCCGCCUUUAUCUGGGCCACACCCCAAACCGGCACUGUCCCUCUCUUCCGUUUAUACAAUCAGAACUCCACUGACCAUUUCUACACCAUGUCCUCUGACGAAUUGCCCGAAAUGAUGAGCUUGGGAUGGACGAACGAUACUGCUUUGAACCAAACCGCGGGAUACGUAUACCCAUACAGUACCUGUGGUGCUGCACCAAUUUAUCGUCUGUUUAAUCCUUCGACGAUCGACCAUUUUUAUACGAUGGAUGUUGCGGAGAGUCAGAACGCGGUUCAGGUGGGGUAUCAGGAUCAGGGAAUUGCAGGGUUUGCAAUACUCUCUUCGGCUGAUGGAUCUUCGGUCCAAAAUUCUGCUGUUCCCUAUCUAUUACCCAGCACUAUUACUGCAACACCGGAAUCGCAGGCAUCUCCUGUAUCCUCGUCAUCUUGUGCCAACAGUGCUGAUGCGAUCCCCUUCCUGCGGGCAUACGCUAGUACCGGGACAGAUCAUUUCUAUACCACGAACUCGACUGAGAUGAACAAUGCACAAGGGUCGUAUUCCUUCGAGGGUGACGCAGCGUUCCUAUGGUCGACCCAGGAAGCAUCCACAGUCCCGUUAUACAGAUUAUUCAAUCAAAAUCUCAACGACCACUUUUACACAAUGGAUGCUAAUGAAUCCAAUGAGGCACUUUCAUCAGGGUAUGCUUUUGACACCGACAGCCAUAUCGCUGGAUACGUCUACCCUUAUAGUAUAUGCGGCGCUUCCCCCAUCUACAGACUCUACAGCUCUACAUUAGCGGACCACUUUUACACCCUGAGCCAAAAUGAGAGUGCGAGCGCGGCGGGUUAUGCACUAGAAGGCAUCGCCGGUUUUGCUUUGUUGCCUUCAGCUGAUGGACAGCCUCAGACGGCUACAGUGUCUGCUUCUCCGUUGCUAUUACCAGUGACUCUGGACCCCUCUCCAAUAUCGAUUUCCUCAACUUUCGUAGCUGCGUAUUCCACGACCAUUGAUAUAGAUCCAGUGAGCACCAGUGCCGCAUCGAAUUCUGGGAAUAAGGCUAUAGCUCGGCGUGGGGUGUCGGGUUAUGGCUUCCUUAGUGUCUUAGUAUCAGGAUUGGUUACAGCGGUGGCUUAACGGAACUCGACCUGUCUCGACUCGUACAUAGUCGACUUUCGACCUCCAGCAAAUUCAUUCUAUGGCUAUAAUCGUGAAGGUACUACGUUAUAUGAAUACACUACAUAACGCGUCUAUCAGCACAGAGAGAUCAAGGAACCCUUGAUUGCUGACUCGGGAUAGUUCCGUUGAUGAGAGUUCCUGCACAACAAAUCAUACUGCAAUUAUUAUUUUUACCACCAAAGAUGAACUCGAUGUAGAGUGAUAAAUAUGUCGCUACCUGUCAAGCAACUGAUAUAAAAAUUUUGAACUUUCCUUUCACCUCAACACUCCAAUGCCCAUUCUUUCCCCAACUUUCGUUUUUCUCCUGUUGAAUUUAUCCCUGGCACUAAUAUUUCAUCUUUAGUCCCCUUCCUGCGUGCAUAUAGCAGUAG